UAUUCGGGUUCUUUAUGUGCUUCAGUUCACGUGUGAAGUCUAACAGCAGGAAACAGGAAAUAUUCAAACACAUCUGCAAACGGCGCUUUAUCUCAUAACAGAAUGUCAGACACAGAAGACUCUGAUCUGGAGGAAGGAGAUGUGAUGAGACACAAGAAUAAGAUUGUGUGUCAGAGUCAGUAUCCUUAUAUUCACGUGGAACCACCAGAUGUCAUAUAUGAGAGGUGGGCCAAGAUAAAGCCAGAGAUUAAAAAACUGUUUUGUCACAUGAUGCACGUGUCCGUGUUUUGGUGGCCCAUUCUGUUGAGACAGCAGGAGAGUCACUCAUCCACCUUCUGGGCCAUAGAGAUGGGCUUCCUCGACCCAAAUGUUUCAAAUGAUUUGAGUUUGAAGAGGCUUCAGAAGAUUGAGAUUCUGGAAACCAUCCUGGAGGCCAUGGAGAGAGGAGUGACUCACAGAGAUAUGGCAGUACAAGCCCGAGCUGUGGUAUCACUAAGCCACUUAUUUACCAUGCAGGGCGAUUGCAUGUUGGAAGCCACUCGUUGGCUGGAAGACUCGGUGCCGUGCGUCCGUAAGAAGCUUCUUGAACUCGGUUCAGUGGAGACUCAAUACCGCACGCUCACCUUCGUCUUCAAUGAAUAUGCGCAUUAUCUUCAGGUGAUGUCAGGUGGACAUCAGGUGGAGCUGCGGACAGAACCAGACGCUUGGUCUUUAUUGAAAAGUGAGGAAAUGAAGAAUAAAGGAAAUGAGCAGUUUCAGAAGGGAAAGUAUGAUCUGGCUCUAAAAUGGUACACGAAAGCCAUUAAAUACCACCCAAGCAAUCACAUCCUGUACGGGAACAGAGCGCUUUGUUUUCUCCGCUCUGAGAAGUAUCUGAAAGCACUUGGUGACGGAAAGAGAGCCGUAAUAUUACAGCCAGACUGGGCGAAGGGUCAUUAUCGGUUCUGUGACGCUCUCUUCUAUCUCGGGGAGCAUCAGAAAGCGCUGGAACAGAACAGACUCGCUCUGAGCGUGUGCAGUGCAGACACAGAAGGACAUAAAGAUCUGCAGCAGCAGUUUGAGCGAUUCCACACUGAACUUCAGGAGAACAGAGCUGAGGGGAAGUCUAAGAAGAUGGAAGCAAAGAAAGUUUCUUGUAAAGCCAGAGUGCAUGUGGCCAGUGAUGCUUUAGAUCACCGGCUGAAAUCGAGUCGUCCGUCUGAAGCUGCGACGCAGAAUUCGAAAUCUGAAAACCAGAAAGACCAGCAUGAAAUCACAGGAAACUCAGGAGCUCAAACACACGCUGAAGAAGCAACUGACAGACACAAAGACAUGAAGAGUGAAAUAACUCCACGGAAGACAAAGGAAUCUGUGUACAGUGCUCCAGAUAAACCGUCCGUCCGGACCAAACUCACAACUGCAGCAGAUCCAGCGGAGAUCGUCAGUAAUGCGGGACUGAGAGAACGCUUCUGCACAGCUGUUCAGGAGGGUCACACGGCACUCAGUGACCAGCACUGUCGAAAUGCACAGCAGUCCUUCUCUCUCGCUCUCAGUAUACUGUACUCCAGCGGAACCACGGAACUGGGUUUAUCAGAGCUGGAUAAAUGUGUUCUCAUUUAUGGUUAUGCAACAGCGCUGCUGGAAGUUGGACAGCCCGAGGAACUGUCUGAAGCUCAAAAGUUAUUCACCACAUUAGAGUCUUCAGAAAGGAAGUUUCAGUCACUGAUGCAUUAUGGGAUGGGCAGAGUAUACCUGAAGGAAAACAGAUUUGCUAAAGCUCUCGAGCAGUUCUCUAACGCUCUACUGAUGAUUCAAAGACACAUCACACCUGGAAAACUCACCUGGCCAACAACUAAAGCCAUAGUGGAGGAAACACAACCAUCGUAUUUACAGGAACAUCUGGAGAACUUUGUAGAGAUGUGUACAUUUCCCCCUAAAGCAGAUGCGAUCUGCCGCCAUCAACACUGUCUGAAUCAUACUGUUGAAAUCUACUUCAGUGAUCCAGACUUUAAAGGUUUCAUACAGAUGUUGUGUUGUCAGAGCUGUAAAGUGGAGUUUCACAUCAGCUGCUGGAAAAAACUCAAAACUCUUUCAUUCACUGAUAAGAAUGAAAAGGAUUUUCUAAAAGAUUUGUGUUUUACGCCGGACUGUAGGGGUCAAAUCUGUCACAUUGUAAUAUUUGGCCCGACGGGGCUCAUAAAGUGUGAGUUUAAAACGUCUAUUCCUAAAAUCAGACCUAGUGGACGAUUGAGAAUCAAACAGAGGUGUACAAGUAUUAAGAAGUUGAAAUCUAAAUCCGAUCAAAAGCUUCGGAGGAAACAACAGAAGUUGGCAGCACGAGUCGCACAUACAGAGAUAAAGGAAGUAACACCUGCAGACGCCCCUAAAGACCAAACGACAGCGACACACACAGACUCUAUUUAUGAGGAUCAAGUUUUACAUCAAAUUCAUGAAAACAAAGAACUUUUUAAAGAAGAAUGUGUGAAUAUUUCUUGCGUCGUGGAGCGGCUGCGGCCGUGGCUGGAUCUGUACGAGAGUAAAGGACAUGAGAGCGUGUUAAACAGCUGCAGUGAUGUGCGACUCCUGACGGAGAUGGUGGAUCUUCUGCUGGAGUGUAAGAACCGUGUGUGUGCUCGAGUCUUUAUUGAGACGCUCGGAUCUUCACUUCAUAUCAAACACAAAUUACACCAUUGGGCUCAGCAGCUGGAUAAAGCAGGUCUGACAGCAGCCGAGUCGUUCAUCAGUCGUCAUUGUUCUCAUCUGGAAGAGUUGGACGUGUCACCGCUGCUCACGUUUACACCUCUGCAGGAAACUCUAAUCGAGAAGUUCGGCACUGUUCAAGAAUUAUUUGACGGCGGCGGUUUUACUGUAAUGGAGUAUUUAAGACAAGCUCCUGCUAAAGAAAUGCGCCUAUUUAUUUGGACUCUAGAGUCGAAUCGAGAGCACUAUCACACCUGUCACUCCAUUCUCGAUCAAUAUUUUGAAGACGACGCUGUUUGUUUAGUCCUUAAAAAGACAGAUGAUGACGAGCACAUAAAUACAGUAUUUAAGAGUAAAAACAGACAUCGAAAGAAAAACAAGAAGGAAUCAAAGUCAGUUAUUGUGCUGUCUGGAGUCAGAGCGGGACACUUGAGAGAUGAUGAUGAGGAAGAUGAUCUGUUCUCUGAGGAAGAUUCUCUGAUGUUUCUGAGCGGCACAGAUCCGUUCAGUGUUCCCGAUCACCUGCGCGGUCAGCUGGCAGAGUUGGAGCAGCAGUACGCCGGAUCAUCAGCACACAGAAGCCAUUAUGAGAGAAUUCUGGACAAUAACCCCGACCCCACCAAAGAGAGUUUAUAUGAUUAUUUUGCUCAGAUUCUGGAGGAACACGGCCCUCUGUGUGUGUCUGAUCCUCUGAUGGUCGGCGAGUUGGAGAAUUUCCCCACAGAAGCGCAGCAGAAGAUCGCCGCCGCUGGAGGAUUGAAGCCGUUCCUGCUGGAACCUCUGCGAUUCGUCAUGACGGACAAUCUGAUUGGUCUGAUGAAACACGCCGUGUCGCUCGCAGCGUCACACUUGAGCCCUUCAGCUCAUGAGUUCCGGCCACAAAUAGACAUUUUGACCGACGGCAUAUCUCAAAUUAAUAUUGAUAACAAAGACUCCUCUAAUCCAUUCCUGCUUCUCCCCAAUCCGUACACUUUUGAUGAUGAUAUCGCAGUAGAUGCAGCGGCUCAAGCGGAAGCUCUGCAGAUGUACGAGACUGUUGGAGAACAUCGCAGCGCUCCACUUCAACACUUCGUUAGUAACUCUGAGCGUUCUGCUGGAGAAGAUACACAUACGACUGAUCUUACUGCUAAUAAACACACUGCUGUUAUUGUGCAGGGUUUUAACAGUGAAGAUGUUUUCAUCAACACCGAGCCGUAUGUUUCCUAUGAGAAAAACAAUGGCGACAUGACACAGAAAGAAAAAGAAAACCUUCAGCUGUUAAAGAAGAUUGAACAGAUAAAAGAUGAUCAUGACAUCAUACAGCAGACGAGAAGAGAGCAGAUCACAAAACUUCAAGAGGAGAUCGAGAACAUCACACACAGAUCACAGAUCGCAGGCGCUGAACUCGCCAUGUUCCAGCACAAACUGGAGGAGGAAGUGAAGAAAGACCAGCAGGAGAAGAGAGAGAACCAGGAGACACUGAAGACACUCAAGACAGAAAUCAAAGAUCUGACGGAUCUUCAGGACAGUUACACUAAAGACAUCCGUGAGAAGAAUAAAGAGUAUCAGACUGAACUCAACCAUUUCCUGGACAUCAGUAAUCAGUGUGCAGCGGAGCGCUUGAGUCUAGAAGAUGAAAUUAAGAGACACCGAGAUGCAUGCGAGAGACACAACAGGAGAUCCGUGAAGGCGCAGCUGUCAGUCCUGCAGAGCAGACGAGAUCAUAUGCUGCAUCGUCUGCACUCGUGUGUGUCUGAAGGGAAGAUGAUUGUCAAAUACCUGACGGAGGCGUCGUUCAGUUGUUCUUCUACUGUUCUGCUGUCAGUUAUUGAUGACUGGAAGAGAUUUGUGUUUGACUCUGAUGAGAGAAUCAACAGAACUGAGAUGGAGUUUGAUAAACAGAUGGAUGAGGUGAAUAAGGGCACCAGACUGUGUUCACUGCCGCUCAUCUCUACACCCGACAUCCCAACAAAACCUGCCGUACCGCUUCCUGUUCCUGUUGCUCAGCAGUGUGGGUCACAGUUCACAUGUGUGUACGGGCCGCACGGGUCACAGCAGUCAAGUGGACGCAGUACGCCCGCAGAGAGAACGCCACCUGAAGAAUCUGUGAGCAAAGCAGCGACACAUCGCACUUCAGCACCGCAACACGUGACGGUCUACGACAAAAUCCUGGAACGACUCAACAUGAUGUUCCCUCAUUAUAACAGGCUGGUGUUGAAUAAGUUCAUUCAGGAGGAGCGCUCUGCAAAUGGAGGUGCUCUGAACAUGUUGACGUAUGAUGAUGUCAUCAACAGAGUCGCACAGGUCAUCCUGGACCAUCAGGAGAACAUGCGUGAGCACAUGAAUGUCAUGAGAGGUGAAACGAGGGCUCAGGGUUCGACUCCGCCUCCAGUGCACGUAUGGAAGAAUGUGUCAGAAAAACAUCACAAUACUGCACUCGCUUUGAAUAUGGAGGAUCCGUGUAUCAUCUGUCAUGAGGAGAUGAACUCUGAAGAUCUGUGUGUGCUGGAGUGCCGACACAGUUUCCACAGAGAGUGUAUAAAGUCAUGGCUGAAGGAGCAGAGUACAUGUCCCACCUGUCGAGAACAUGUGCUCUUACCGGAGGAUUUCCCGAUGUUGCCCAGACGACAACGCAAGAGUCACACGCAUGCAGCUGCAUUAAAUUAAAGAAAACACGCUAUCAUUCUUUUGCCAAACUGUCACUUUAAAUCUUCAGUCACACAGGACCAAAUAUAUAUAAACACACAUCCAUUAUAAUACUGCCGAUCAUAUUCAGACCAAUCAGUGAUGUUUAUUUACAAGUGUUUUUUUCUUCCUGCUGUGCUGUAAUAAACUCUUAUAUUAAACUUAAAUUCUCACGAGA